AUGCCUUCACACCAGUUUGCUGACGCGCGAUACGGGCCGAGCUGGGGGGUCCACGCGUGUCCGCUUUCCCCCUGCACUGUGAGUCGUGGCUCCGGACGGCGGACGCCAUGCCUGUUACUCGCUGGCGCAGUCUGUUUGCUGCUCUUCAUUGCGCGUGACAGUGUAGUUGAGGCAAGCAGUGAAAUGAAGCAGAAAAUCCUCAAGAAGAUGGUGAAAGGCGCUUUCAAGAGUACAGCGAAGUAUCCUGGAUGGGUGAUAAGGAAUUGGUACCUUGGCUUGGCGAGAAUGAUGCACGGCUGGCUAAUGGCGUUUUCACGGCGCAGCACGAGAAGACUGACAGGAGCUUGGUUCAGGGCCUUUGUGUAUAAUCUGAGUCAUGGUGUGGCGCCCCUACACAGCGAGGACGGAGGGCAUGCUGCAUCGGCAGACAAGCCAGAUCAUAGUGGGGCUGAGCCGGUGGCUUCCCAUCAAGAGGCCAGAGUUGCCUUCAGUCAACCAGUGGCUGUCAACUACCAAGCAAUACGGCAAAUGCAUGAAUUAUUUGAGGAUGCGGCUCUCACAGAGGCGGACACGUCGCUGGCUUCAAACUUCGCAAGUAUAGUAGAAAAGGCGACAGAAGCCGAUUAUCGAAAGCUACGGCCGACAGUGGAACGUGUUUUGUAUGCUGGUUUGACCGCCGCGUACGAGGGACAGUUAUUUCAAAGCGUUGGAGGGCAGAUGUCGGAGAAUUUCAAAACCGUGGUCACCGGCAGCGGGUGCCCCUUCUCGAACUACAGCUCGUACAAUUUUGUGAAGAAGGCUAUGGCAGGUGCCGAUCCCAUCAAGCUUGUCCAGGAGACACAGGUGGAGCAGACGCCUGGUGGCGUCCCCUAUACAAGUUACGAAUGCCAGUCGUUCAAGAAUUACAUGGUUGACAGGCUUGAGCGAGAUGCUGUCAGCUUCGUUGACACUGUAGAAAAGCUUGCGAGCGGCGUUGCAGGACGCUCGUUUUAUGACAUGUCGGCCCUUGUGCAGGCUGAAAAGCUCAAUGCACCGGGAUUUGGAAAUGAGGCAACCAGGGCCGAGCGGAGCGACUUGGGAAAGAUUGUGACCCCGCCCGAGGAGCACCUCGUGUCAGCGGUCCAAUUCCUGAUCCCGCAACUGUGA